AUGGUUAAAACAAUUCCUUUAAAAUUCAAGUUUCUCUCUCUUAGUGAUAUGGUUCAAAACCAUGGUAAUACUAUGACUAUACUAACGGCAUUUUGUUUGAAACACUAUUGUCUACAAUUGAAACUUUCCCCAAAAGAAUUGCAAGAAAAAAAAGCAAGAUACUUAGCAAUGCUUCAAUAUCUCCAGAUACCUGAAUCACAAAAUAAACAACUUAUCAAAGCUUCAUAUACCAUUCAAAAUCAAUUUGCUUCAAUUAACGAAAUGUUAAGUAAUUCUGAUAACAGAUUCAAUUUAAGUGUGAGUGAAGUGCUUCAGUUUCAACAAUUGCUCCUUGGCUCAAAUAACCAUCCGUCUCAAUUGCAAAUUGGUAACAUAUCCAGUAUUUUGCAAGGAAACAAACCCAAUAAAAGUUUUGCUAUAGUUCUUCAAUUAUCCAAUGCCAGAAUUCUCAAAGUAUACAAUGCAGUUCGUGCACCCAAAGCUAUCUAUGAUAGCAAAGCCAAUUGUGAGAAGCAUCUUGAUUUAGCAGGACGAUUGCAACCCAAAGGUUUAUAA